AUGGGCCAUGGCGGAGCGGACGGAGAGCUACCUCACCUCAAAGACCGCAUCCAAGACGUAGUUCACAAGGCGUUCUGGGACGAGGUGUCUGAGACACUAUCCAAUCCCUCCGCCGCCGUGCAGAUCCCGCGGCUCAGGCGAUUGUACGAAGAUAUACACGAAGCCAUCAAGCCCCUUAUGCCCGCGAACCAUCCGAUACGCCUCAUCCUGACAUGCCCGCUCUCGCCUACCUCUUUCCCCCUCCGGUCUGCUCUCACGCACUUCCGGGAACUGCUCGUUUGCCUCCGCUCCCGCUGUGCGCCCAUCAGAGACGCACACAUAGACGCGCUCAUACGGAACGUAGACGACCUACCGUCUCUGGCCUCGAUACCAGACAUGGCGAAGUUGGUAGCAGACACCGUGCGGUCAAUCCUGGAACUCGCGGAGCUCAUGAAGGAAGACCUCUCGCAGUUUGUCGUGGGUUCGAUGAGCGAGAAGCAGCUGCGCGCGGUGCUGAUGGUUCAGGCGGCCAAGCAGGAGAGAGAGGUGGUCUUCUCGCUGUGGCGUCCGGAACGGAUACAGGAGCGCUGGAGACAUUGGCUGGAGGAGCGGCAAACACACGACAACGUCCCAGCGGAUGGACUUCCGGAACGAGUAUGGGUACACCGCCUAGGACAAGCUCUGGCGCUUGCCAUCCCUGUGUCCUGUCCGCUUCCGACAAGACCCAUGCCAGGCGAUGCGGAUGACGAGAGUCGGACGGACACACCGACGAAUCCGACGAACACCCUUCCACCCCCGCUCUUCUUCGUCUACCCGACCCUGCUGUACAUACAGAAUUAUCUGCAGGCGCUGGUCAUCGCCGCUACCCUCCGCUCACUCGUCCGGCUUCCAACGCAGCAGCUGCACCGACCCAGCACGGAUGAAAGCGAUCAGGAGAGCUUCAUGGCGCGCCUCUGGACCCUCCUCCGAACCGAGAUCGACGAGCAGCCAGGCUCGGGCGAAACCAAGCUCGUGAACCUUGCGGACGAAGUCAUCCGCGUCCGCCGCAGGUUCACAGGGAGCGGAGACGCCCUGGACCCCGACGAAGAAGCGAGGUUGCGCGCCGCGGUAGACCGCACGCUGCAGCCGCACGAUCCGGUCUUUGCGCUGUUGCAGAAACGUUUGCUCGCGGCGAUCGCGGAGCGACUAGCGCACCCGGCAGAGACCUUGUCGCCUCGUUCGAGUACGAUGCAGUUACCGGAGCGACUGCAGACGGGCAGGGGGCAGCCAGGGAAGCGUCCGACACUCGGAUUGGCGUUGGACCACGAUGCAGCCGAAGACGCACGCGCGGCGGCUCGUUCGGAGCAGCUUAUGGUGAAGGGGUUCGAAGAUGAGGUGUUGGUGAAGGCGGUGGGCGAGGGUCUGUCGAAGCUGAGAUCGUGCGUUGAGUGGACCGAGCGAGUGUGGUCAGACUUGAUCAAGACAGGCGCUAUAGCAUCUUCUGCAUGA